AAAAAAAAAAAAUUAUAGCACAAAAAAUAGAAAGACAUUUUUUUUAAUAAAACCAACAAAAUUGCCAACAACGAAAAGACGCGUUUUAAAAUCGAGGAAGAUGAUAAAAGUGUGAAGAAAUAACAAAGUUUUAAAAAAUAAAGUAGAGAAAGCAAAGAAAAUUACUAAAUAUUUUUCACAAAAUAAAAAGAAAAAUAUUCCAUUUCCUGUUAUUAAAAAUAAAAAAAAAAAUUUAAAGGAAUCUAGAGUGGUACUCAACUAAAUAGAGUUGUACAGCAGUGAUUAAAAGAAAAUGCAACAACAAUAAAAACAAAACCAAAAAAAUAAUACAGCUGCCAAUGUAACAGUAUGUGUGAAAAUUUCUAUAUAUAAGAGAGUAAUUAGAGUAUGAGUUUGUUGCAUUAACUGCUCCUUGUUAUUAAAAAAAAAAGCAAAACAAAAAUAAAAAAUUAAAAAGAAAAACCCCACAAGAAGAAGCAGAGUAGAAAAAAAGGAAAUAAAUCUCUAUUAUUAUACAAAUACAACAACAACCACUGUAAAAUAAGCAAGAAAACAACAACAACAAAAAUGGGUCUCAACGGCUGCUGUUCAUGUGUGAAAUUUUUGAUGGUUUUAAUCAAUAUUUUAUUUUGGAUCAUUGGUUUAACAAUUGUUAUCGCCUCGGCCUGGAUGCUGACAGAUCCCACAUUUGUGCUGUCAAUGACACAAUCGUACAAUCACUAUUACAUCGCACUGUAUGUGUUUUUGGGCAUUGGUGUUUUAAUCACAAUCGGCGCCUUCUUUGGCUGCUGUGGCGUGUUGAAGGAAUCCCAGUGUCUGCUGGUGUCGUUCUUCUGUGUGAUUUUGGUGGUAAUGGUUGCACAAAUCGCUGCCGGCGCUUGGGCAUUCCACAAUAGAGACAAACUUGAUGACAUUGUUAGAGCUUCAGUGAAAUAUUCCGUGCAAGAGGAGUAUGGCCAAUCAAGCAUGAGUUCACGUACGGUUACAUUCGAUACGCUACAAAAGAAUCUCAAAUGUUGUGGUGCCGAUGGCCCCGGCGAUUGGGCCACCAGUCGUUUCAACAAUGUGGAUCGCACGAAUAUUGUCGAUAUUGCCAUAUCAUCCAUGAAUGUCUUCUACAAUAUACCCGAAUCUUGCUGUAAAGAUGAGCUCAAGGAAAAUGUAUGUGAAAUGUCAAGGAAAUUGAAAUUUGGAGGAGCUCUAAACCCAGCCAUACAUCAACAGGGUUGCGUUGAUAAACUCAUUGAAUUGAUAUACGAAAACUGGGUAUUAAUUUUCGGCGUAACUGCCGGUGUCAUUUUGUUGGAAUUGUUGGCUUUGACCUUCUCUUUAAGUUUAUGCUGUGCCGUCAGAAGUCAACAGUACAAAGCCUGAGAAUUACAGAAUUCCCAAAGGGAAAUAUCUGACGAUGAAAAGUACUAACCAUAUUCUUUAAGGAAACAAAAACAACAUGAAGAACAACAGCAGCAGCAGCAACAACACAAACAUAAAUUAAGAAUAAAACAAAAUUAAGUAACAGAAAAUGAUUAAACAAAAUAGAGAACGAAGAAAAGAAUAUAAGAAACGAAUUGAAAUUAAAUGAAUUGGACAAGAAUUUAAAUUGGUUAGAGGUUAGAAAGAAACAUUUAUAAAUAAUGAUUAAAGAAAUUUAAAUGUUUUAAACCUGUUGCCUAAAAGAAAAGAAACAAAAUUAAAAAUUUAUUUUGUUUUGGAAAGAAUCUCUCUCACUUUUUGUGUGGGACCUGCAAAAAUCAUAAGCAAUUUCUUUGUAAAUAGUAAAAAUAAUUUCAAGCAAGAAACUUCCUUUAAAACAAAAAUUCAUAGAAAAACAUUAAAAUAAUGAAAAGAUAUGAAGAAAAUUCUCAGAAUAAAAAAAAAAAAUUUCAAAUAAUUUGGAAAAUAUUUUUGAAAGAAACUGAGAACUUUUCUUUUAUUUAAACAUCAAUUUAUUACAUCCCUCUUUCAAAACUUAAUUUAUUAGUUAAAUAUUAAAAUAAUUUAAAAGAAAACUCAAACACACACAAGAAAAGUAAAUAAAUUAUUGUAUUACUUUAGUAAUUUAAGGGAAACUCAAAGAAAUAUAUAAAUAAUUUUACUAUAAACUAUAAAGUUUUUUGGAUAAAUUUUCAAUAUUUUAGACCAGAAAAAAACUUACUUUAUAAAUAAAAUAAAAAGAAAAAAAAAAAUAACAAGAAUUUUAUUUAAAUUAUUUAAGCCUUAUGGAAGACUAAUAAAUUAAAAAAAAUAUAACAAGCAAUUUUUUAUAAGAAUGAAAUAAAUAUGUUAAUUUUUAAUAAAAACAAAGAAAAACAAUUAAAAAAAAUUUGAAUAAAAAAAACAUCACACACAGACUAAA